UACUCAGGAGCCACACCCAAAAGAGAGAGCACCACUACGGGAGAUCCACCGCCCUCGUCCUAUUCCAAUCUUUCAUUCCGAUGCAUCAUUUGCCAAUCAACAUAUGAAUUGCUCCCAGUUCCAUCCAUUGGACUCUUCUUAUCCCGACGCAUUUGUUGACUCGAGUAUUCUUGAUGAGCAGUCUCUCUAUGACCAAAGGUUCCCAAGUCAGAUCACAGACCGGGUCCAGUAUGGUGCAUGUCAAGCGAGCCCCACCUGACAGAGAAGCUCCAUUAGUGCAUACAACUUAAAUAACACGUUCCACAAUGUACCAUCCAUCAACGUGAACUCUGAACUAACCCCACCGCACUACCCAGAUGUCUUCGUGUAUUUGGAUGUCUUGGACUCCCAAUCCUACUACGACGAUAGGGGUAGGGCGGCGCCACCCACCCAUUCACUCCUCAUGACAGAGCCACCUUUCAAACCGCGCAGCGACUCCCUAUUCUCCAUGUUCUCAACAGCCGACUCAGCACAAUAUUUACUGGCUUGUCCCUCGGAGAGCAGACGAGAGAGCGCAACGCCUUCAGUCCUGAGCAACAUGUCAAGUCACGUGAGCGACAACCUGAUCAACAGCCACAACAGCGACGACAAUGAAGAGGAGAGUGCCGCUGACCGGUGUAUUGAUUACUGCACUUGCAUGUGCUGCGCGAAGGCGCUGUUUUACCACUGGGCGCAUGCGCAUGAGAUACGACACGAAGACGACCCGUGUUACUGUGGGAGACUGGGGAUAGAUUGUGCACAGCGUUGGGCCGUGUUGUCGCUUCUCUCGUGCUGCAUGCCGGGACUGUUGAUGUACGCCCCACUGAAGGGUUUGCAGAAAGCCAAUGACGGCAUAAAAGGAUUAAUUAGUAGACAUUUUACAUGAACACUCGGAUCAAGUUUUUCUUUCUCGUAAGAUGAGUUUGGCAGUUACUACUUCAACUUAAUUACACAAUUACCAGAGCUACAAUAUGUCUCGUGGUGUUACCUCAUUGGAGAAAAUUUUAAGACUCUCUCCUUGGUGUACAUUUUCAUUACACAUAACAAAAUAAAGAAUUCAACUUACUUGAAAAAA